UAUUCCUUAAGUGGAAACAUAUUUGAUAUUCCUGAACUAUAUGACAUCAAACGCGCUCACGUAAUGAAAUGUUAAUUUCUUUCUUUAUGUUUUUUUAAAAUUUUUAUUUCUAAUUCAUUAACAGUUAAAAUUUUUCUUUCAUAACUAAAUUUGAGGUAAUGACAAAAGUAAAGUAUGUAUAAAAAACCUUUUGUAUAAAAUCUGUAGAUUUAAAUACUGAUGAUUUAUUAUUCAACGUAUAUCCUGCUGUUCCUACAUUACAAACAGACAGCUGAUUAUUGAUAACAAAGUAUCACAUUGCUCUCGCAGAAUUUGAAUCACAAAAUUUGUAUUUUGACAGAAACUAAUAAUUACACGUUUCUCUUUUACAAUUAAUUUACACAAAUUUAAGACACUCAUUGAAGUAGCCAGUGGUAAAGCGGAACGUCAAUGCUGAUUGGGCGCCGUUGUCAACCGUUCGACCUAGAGAUCUAGAGUGAAGUAAAAUCGUCUCAGUCUUAUACCGGCCGCUGAGAGGUGCGGGUCAACCAGUCAAAGUUGUCAGUGCGGUGUGGUAAAAGAGGGACUGAUAAAACAAGGACGAUUAACAAAUCGAUUGUGAGAUAUGACCUCAUCCCCCGAUGAGAGACUGUCGGCUGUCGGUCCGCGCAGUCUCUCAUCGGUGUCUGAUCUCAUCUGGGGUGGGGUGUCUGAUGAAACCCCGUUAAAAAUCAUUACCCUGCGAGAAGAAACGCAUGUGCAGUCUGUUCAGUCUUGUUGCAUCUGUAGUCACUGAAUCACUGAAUCACUGAAUCACUGAUGUAUUUGCACGGCAAAAUGGCAGAAUCGCUGGGUUUAUUAGAAGAAAAUUUAAUUCCGAUACAAAGGUGUAAAGAAGUAUUUAAAAAAUUUAAAACUUUACACUCAAAUGAGAACCGUGUAAAGUUUUUUCUUAAGCUUAUGCUAAAUUAUGGUAUGAUUCCUCAAGUAUGUCCAGAUAGUAAAAAUGCAGAAAAAUCUACAGAAUUAAGGAAACAAGGAAAUGAAAAAUAUAUGUCUAAUUCAUUAACAAACUAUCUGUGUAUCGAUGUACUAAAACUGUAUACAAAAAGUAUAGCAUAUGCACCUUGUACAUCUGAAGAACUUGCUUUGGCAUAUGCUAAUAGAUCUGCUGUUCUAAAACAAAUACACAAAUACAAAGAAUGUAUUGAAGACAUAGAUCGAGCAUUAGCCUUACCAUAUCCAAAUAAUUUAAGAAGUAAAUUAUAUUUUAGAAAAAUUCAGUGUUUGAGUAUAUUAAAACAUCCCAAAACAGAAGAUGUUAUUAAGGAAGCGCAAAAUUGGCUGGACAGCAUGUCUUUGGAUGAUAUCAGUCAUAAAAAAACAAAUAAUAUGUUCAUUUCUGCCAAAAAGAUAUCAGUAUCAAAUACAUCAAAUGAACAAAGUAUCGUAAAACAAUCACCAUUGCCUGAAUUAAAGCAAUGCAACAAGGAAGUUCCUUGUGCCUCCGAUGCGAUAACUAUAAAAUAUAAUCAAAAAUAUGGCAGACACAUUGUAGCUACUCGUGACAUAAAUAUUGGUGAAAUAAUUGCUAUAGAAAAACCUUAUUCGCUAAUAUUAAAUCCUAACAAUUUACAGACGCAUUGUUCAAAUUGCUUGGAAGUAUGCUGGGCUAAUAUACCUUGUAACUAUUGUAUAUAUGCUAUGUAUUGUUCAGAAGAAUGUAAAGCUUUGGGCUGGACAAAAUAUCAUGACAUAGAAUGUAAGGUAUUUCCUUACCUUUUUAAAAUUAAUUUGGUGAAAUAUUAUCAGUUUAGCGUAAGACUUGCUAUUCAGGCUGUAAAAGAGAAUAAUAACAUACAGAACUUAGAAGAAGAACUAAAAGAAGUUGAAAAUUGUGAUGAUCCUCGUACAAAGGGUUUUUCAAAGAAUGGAACAUUUGAAAGCGAUGCAUACAGAAGUGUAUUAAGUUUGGUUACUAACGUUGAGAAACAGUCAUUACAAGAUCUUUUUAAAAGAUCUGCAGAAGCUAGUUUCACACUGUAUUACCUAGCAACACGUACUGAUAUAUUUGGAAGUUCAAUGAAAGAUUUAUCUGAAUUAAUAGAAAAUACUGAUGCUAUCUUUGUUGGGGGGCUUAUACUAAGGCAUCUGCAGUUGAUCCCUCCUAAUGCUCAUCCUUUUACGGAAGAAUAUAAAACGACUUCGGUAGCCCGUGGUGUAGCACUUACGCCAUUUCUUAGUCUGUUUAAUCACAGUUGCAACCCAAACAUUCUAAGAGUUUCAAGGACUGCGCAUAUAGUUGUUUACUCAACGUAUCCUAUCAAAAAAGAUGAACAGAUAUUUGAUACCUACGGUCACUUAUAUACAGAGCAACCAAAAUCCAUAAGGGACUUGGUACUUCUAACAAAGUUUAACUUCACUUGUGAUUGUGUAGCUUGUACGGAGAACUGGCCAUUAUUUUCUGAAUUAAAAUUAAAGCAGCAAUUGAAUUUAGGAAUAAAUCCUCUUCUCACGUGGCAAAAUUAUCCUAAAUAUGCUCGAAUGGCGAGAGAAGGAAAUGUAUUUAAUAAGGAUAUGAUAGAUGAUUUGUUGCAGAUGUUUCAACUAGUAUAUAACACGUUGCAAAUGCCUCACUGGGCAGUGGCCGAGAUAUCAGAAAUUUUUAAACGUGUCUAUUCCUUAAGUGGAAACAGGUUUGAUAUUCCUGAACUAUAAUAUGUAUCAAACGCGCUCACGUAAUGAAAUGUUAAUUUCUUUCUUUACGUUUUCUUUUAAUUUUUAUUUCUAA